CAGCGCCCCGGAGCCACGCUGCGUCUGGCUGCCCUGUCUCAGCCACAGCAACCGCCGCGCGCCCGGGCUGCACCGUGCCAGGCUGCCACUGGGCCCAAGAGAUGGCUUCCCUCCUGGGCGGCCCCUCCCCUGGCAGGGGCCGAGGACACUGCUGCUGCGCAAAAGUCUCCAGGAUGGCUUUGGCUUCACCCUGCGCCACUUCAUCGUGUACCCUCCCGACUCAGCUGUGCACUGCAGCCUGAAGGAGGAAGAGAAUGGAGGCCGAGCCAGAGGCCCCGGAGGAGGACCCUCCCCCCGGCACCGCCUGGAGCCCAUGGAUACCAUCUUUGUCAAGAAUGUGAAGGAUGAUGGCCCUGCCCACAGGGCGGGGCUUCGAACAGGAGACCGGCUGGUGAAAGUAAACGGGGAGAGUGUCGUUGGGAAAACCUACUCCCAGGUCAUAGCUCUGAUCCAGAACAGUGAUGACACCCUGGAGCUCUCCAUCAUGCCCAAGGACGAGGACAUCCUUCAGCUGGCUUACUCCCAGGAUGCCUACCUGAAGGGGAACGAGCCAUAUUCUGGAGAGGCACACAGCAUCCCAGAGCCGCCCCCACUCUGCUAUCCCCGGAAGACCUACGCCCCACCAGCCCGGGUCUCCGCCUGGGCCACUAUGGUGCCUGAGCCCAUCUCAGCUCUGCCCAGUGAUCCCCGGAGUCCUGCUACCUGGAGUGACCCAGGACCCCGUGUCCUACCUGCCACCCGUGCCCAUCUGGACAACUCUUCCUUGGGGAUGAGCCACUCCCGCCCCAGCCCUGGUGCCUUCCCCCACCUCUCCUCUGAGCCGCGGACCCCCCGUGCCUUCCCAGAGCCUGGCAACCGGGUGCUCCCUAGCAGACUGGAGUGCCAGCAGGCAUUGUCACACUGGCUGUCCAACCAGGUACCCCGCAGGUUGGGGGAAAGACGGUGCCCAGCCAUGCCACCCCGGGCCCGCAGUGCCUCCCAGGACCGGCUAGAGGAUGUGACUGCCCACCGCCCAUGGCCCUGCUCCACCUCCCAGGACGCCUUGAGCCAGCUGGGUCAGGAGGGCUGGCACCGAGCUCGCUCGGAUGAUUACUUGAGCCGGGCAACCCGCUCUGCCGAAGCACUGGGGCCAGGAGCACUGGUGUCACCUCGCCUUGAGCGCUGUGGCUGGGCUUCCCAGCGUCCCUCAGCACGCACCUCUGCCUGCCCACCUCGGGACCUGCCUGGAUCCCAGGCCCCACCCCCAAGCGGCCUACAGGGUUUGGAUGACAUUGGUUACAUCGGGUACCGGAGCUACAGCCCAUCAUUCCAGCGACGGACUGGCCUCCUGCACGCACUCUCUUUCCGGGACUCACCCUUUGGGGGUCUACCCACCUUCAAUUUGGCCCAGUCCCCUGCACCAUUCCCGCCAGAGGCCUCCGAACCACCCAGAGUCGUCAGGCCAGAAGCCAGCACCCGCGCCAUGGAUCCCCCUACGGAGGACCGCCGCGAUGAGGUGGUCCUGAGGCAGAAACCGCCUACGGGCCGCAAGGUUCAGUUGACCCCUGCAAGACAGAUGAACCUGGGAUUUAGUGACGAGUCUUCAGAGCCAGAGGCCACUGGGCGAGGGGAACGUCUAGGCAAGAAGGUGGCUCCUUUGGCCAAUACGGAAGACUCCCUGGCUUCCAUUCCCUUCAUUGAUGAACCCACCAGCCCCAGCAUCGACCUCCAGGCCAAACACGUCCCUGCCUCUGCAGUGGUCUCCAGUGCCAUGAACUCAGCCCCUGUCCUGGGCACUAGCCCAUCCUCUCCAACCUUCACCUUUGCCCUUGGCCGCCAUUACUCACAGGACUGCAGUAGCAUCAAGACUGGCCGCCGCUCCUCCUACCUACUGGCCAUCACCACAGAGCGCUCCAAGUCCUGCGAUGAUGGACUCAACACUUUCCGGGAUGAAGGCCGGGUGCUUCGGCGCCUGCCAAACCGCGUCCCCAGCUUGCGGAUGCUUCGAAGCUUCUUCACUGAUGGGUCUCUGGAUAGCUGGGGCACCUCCGAGGAUGCUGACGCCCCCUCAAAGCGACACUCAACCUCUGACCUCUCAGAUGCGACCUUCAGCGAUAUCAGGAGAGAAGGCUGGUUAUAUUAUAAGCAGAUCCUCACGAAGAAGGGGAAGAAAGCGGGCAGCGGCCUGCGCCAGUGGAAGCGGGUGUACGCCGCGCUGCGGGCGCGCUCGCUCUCCCUGAGCAAGGAGCGGCGGGAGCCCGGGCCGGCGGUGGGGGCUGCGGCGGCCGGCGCAGGUGAGGACGAGGCGGCGCCCGUCUGCAUCGGCUCCUGCCUGGUGGACAUCUCCUACAGCGAGACCAAGAGGAGGCACGUGUUCCGGCUGACCACCGCUGACUUCUGUGAAUAUCUCUUUCAGGCUGAGGACCGGGAUGACAUGCUGGGCUGGAUCAGAGCGAUCCGGGAGAACAGCAGGGCCGAGGGCGAGGACCCCGGCUGUGCCAACCAAGCUCUGAUCAGCAAGAAGCUUAAUGAUUACCGCAAAGUGAGCCAUAGCUCUGGGCCCAAAGCUGAUUCCUCCCCAAAGGGCUCUCGGGGCCUGGGGGGCCUCAAGUCUGAGUUCCUCAAGCAGAGUGCAGCCCGUGGCCUCAGGACUCAGGAGCAGCCUGCAGGGAACAAGGAUGACACUGCUGCUGCCCCUAAAACUCCCUGGGGAAUCAACAUCAUCAAGAAGAACAAGAAGGUCACCCCAAGGGCAUUUGGGAUCCGGCUAGAGGAGUGUCAGCCUGCCACAGAGAACCAGCGAGUCCCCCUCAUCGUAGCUGCCUGCUGCCGUAUUGUGGAGGCUCGGGGGCUGGAGUCCACCGGCAUUUACCGGGUGCCUGGCAAUAAUGCAGUGGUGUCCAGUCUACAGGAGCAGCUCAACCGCGGGCCUGGUGACAUCAACCUGCAGGAUGAGCGCUGGCAAGACCUCAAUGUGAUCAGCAGCCUGCUCAAGUCCUUCUUCCGGAAGCUGCCUGAGCCUCUCUUCACUGAUGACAAGUACAACGACUUCAUCGAGGCCAACCGCAUUGAAGACUCCAGGGAGCGGAUGAAGACGCUGCGGAAGCUGAUCCGAGAUCUCCCGGGACACUACUACGAGACACUCAAAUUCCUCGUCGGCCAUCUCAAGACCAUCGCCGACCACUCAGAGAAGAACAAGAUGGAGCCACGGAACCUGGCCCUGGUCUUUGGGCCAACAUUGGUGAGGACAUCCGAGGACAACAUGACAGAUAUGGUGACCCACAUGCCUGACCGCUACAAGAUCGUGGAGACGCUGAUCCAGCAUUCAGACUGGUUCUUCAGCGAUGAUGAGGACAAGGGAGAACGAACCCCUGUGGAUGACAAGGAGCCACAGUCAGUGCCUAACAUCGAGUACCUGCUGCCCAACAUUGGCAGGACAGGGCCCCCUGGCGACCCAGGCUCAGAUUCCACCACCUGUAGUUCAGCCAAGUCCAAGGGCUCGUGGGCCCCCAAGAAGGAGCCGUACACCCGGGAGAUGCUGGCGAUCUCCUUCAUCUCGGCCGUCAACCGCAAGCGGAAGAAGCGGCGGGAGGCGCGGGGCCUGGGCAGUAGCACGGACGACGACUCGGAGCAGGAGGCGCACAAGCCCGGGGCGGCGGCGGCGGGGACGCCGGGGGCCCCGGAGCAGCCGGACGAGCCCCGGCCGGGCCCCGCCGUCCCCACCGCCCCCGGGCGCCUCAGCCCCUCAGCGGCGCCCGAGGAGCGGCCGGCGGCGGACACGCGCUCCAUCGUGUCGGGCUACUCCACCCUGUCCACCAUGGACCGCAGCGUGUGCUCGGGCGCCGAGGGCCGGCGCGCGGGCGCGGGGGACGAGGCGGACGACGAGCGCAGCGAGCUGAGCCUGGUGGAGACGGACACGGAGGGCGGCGCGGGCCCGGGGGCGCGGCUGGGGCGCCGGCCCUCCUUCAGCUCGCACCACCUCAUCCCCUGCGACACGCUGGCGCGCCGCCGCCUGUCCCGCAGCCGUCCCGACGCCGACGGCGCCGGCGUGGGCCGCGGCGGCCCCCGCGCUCCGGAGCCGCCGGGCUCCGCCUCGUCCAGCAGCCAGGAGUCGCUGCGCCCCGCGACGGCCGCGGCGGCGGCGGUGCUGGGCGCGCGGCCCUCGCGCCUGGAGGCCCUGCGGCUGCGGCUGCGGGGAACCGCCGACGACAUGCUGGCCGUGAGGCUGCGGCGCCCGCUGUCCCCCGAAACGCGGCGCCGCCGGAGCAGCUGGCGCCGCCACACCGUGGUGGUGCAGAGCCCGCUGACCGAUCUCAACUUCAACGAGUGGAAGGAGCUGGGCGGAGGGGGCGCCCCGGAGCCGCCCGGCGCGCGAGCCCUCAGCGACAACAAGGACUCGGGCCUCAGCAGCCUGGAGUCCACCAAGGCGAGGGCCUCGGCCGCCUCGCUGCCGCCCGGGGACCCGAGUGCCCUGCAGAGCCAGGCCCCGCGCCGCCAGGCCGCCUCCCGCCUCCAUCAGUGUCUGUAACGCCCUCCCUCUCCAUCGCCCCCCCCACCUCGGCCUCCACAGGGCCCCUCUGGCUGGCACCCCCACUUCUACUGCCCCUAGACACAGCAGGGUGCUAGCGAGAGGACACAGGCCGCUGGGAUUUGCGUGCUGGAACUGGUGGCGCGGGCCGAGGUGAAGCCAGGAGCAGGACAAAGGUGAAGGGAAGGGGGGGGCGGGGGGCUCCGCUGGGGUCUGUGUCCCCUGGAUUGGUGACAGGGCCUUUAUAAGGCUGCACUUAGGGACCUUUGUUGGCCAUGGGAAGUGAGAGGGAGCCCCAAGACCCAGGCUAGAAGAAAGAUACUGGGUGAUCACUGGCUUUUGGCUUCUUUCCUCUGCCCUCCCCCACCAGCCCCCGGCUCAGGAGGGGCCUGUGUCUGGGGAGAGGAUUUGUACGCGUGUGUGAGAGUGUGUAAGUCACUGUCCAAAGGUGUUUCCAGUAGAAGCUUCUGCUCCCUUCCUCCCCUUGCCCGUUCCCAAGGUCCCUGCCUUCGGUGCACACAGGAUCCCUGCCCCCAUGCUUGUUAGAGCCGGGGGAAGAGGCUCGGGCCACGCCACAGCGGCAAGACUGAACCCUUCACCAAGCUCAUCCCCACCCCCCUUUGCCAUCCUCUUCAGUCACCCCAUGAAGCGUUUUGACCAAGGGGAGCUACCCCGCUCCUCAGUUUUGGGAGGACCCAGGGUUCCCCCUUUUGGUUCCUCCAGCUGGGCCUGCUCUGUCCACAGCUCAGCCCCCAGAACUCCCCCCCCCCCCUUCUUCCCCUAGGAGGGGAUAGUCAGGAACACCCUGGUGUCUGUCUCUUUCACACACUGAUUUAUGGGGUCUGAGCUGGGCUGUUCCUGCAGGAUGGGCAGGGCCCAGCGCCCCCUUCACAGCCCCCCCCCCCCCCCAGUAUUGUAAAUAGACCUCAGAGCACCAGACCCCUGCUGACCCCUCACUCAUUCCAGGGAAGCCCUGCCCCUUCUGUCAGUCCUCCUUUUAUGCAAAGAUUUGCUGUAGAUUUCUCUGUCCUCCCUCUCCCAGCCCUUUAUUGUAAAUAUUGUCUCUAAAUGUGUAACAUAUUAUAAAGAAUUUAUAAGGAUUUUUAAAGAUGUUUUGCUCAUUUUAAAGUGUUGUAACAGUGUUGGAUAAAGCUCCUCCCCGCCCUUUCCGCAUGGCUCUUUCACUGUGUCCUUGACACACCCGUCUAGGCGACAACUAAGAUUUUCUUGCUUCUGAAAAGUCCUGUCUUCAAAGUACAGUCUAUAUCUUGGAAAUAAACAGCCUUCCUGGA